AUGUCUCAACAAAAGUCCGCUAUCAUCUCCGUCUAUGACAAGACUGGACUUUUAGACCUAGCCAAGGGUCUAAUCAAGCAGAAUGUCCGUCUGCUUGCGUCUGGUGGCACUGCUAAGAUGAUCCGCGAGGCUGGCUUCCCUGUUGAAGAUGUCUCUGCUAUCACCCACGCACCCGAGAUGCUCGGCGGCCGUGUCAAGACCCUUCACCCCGCUGUGCACGGUGGUAUUCUUGCUCGUGAUAUUGAAUCUGAUGAGAAGGAUCUCGCCGAGCAGAAAAUUGCUAAGAUUGACUUCGUUGUCUGCAACCUGUACCCCUUCAAGGAGACCGUCGCCAAGGUUAACGUCACUAUCGAUGAGGCCGUUGAGGAGGUUGAUAUCGGUGGUGUGACCCUGCUCCGCGCUGCAGCCAAGAACCACAAGCGUGUGACCAUUUUGUCAGACCCGGCUGACUACCACGAGUUCCUUCGGGAGCUCGAGGCCGGUCAGAUCAAUGAGGCCAGCCGCAAGCUGUACGCUCUCAAGGCCUUCGAGCAGACUGCCGACUACGACUCUGCUAUCUCUGCCUUCUUCCGCAAGGAGUACGCAGGCAAUGGCAUUCAGCAGCUCUCCCUACGCUACGGCACCAACCCCCACCAGAAGCCCGCCUCCGCUUAUAUGGCUCAAGGUAAGCUGCCCUUCAAGGUCCUGAACGGCUCCCCCGGUUACGUCAACCUGCUUGAUGCCCUCAACGCUUGGCCUCUGGUCAAGGAGCUCAAGCAGGCUCUUGGCUUCCCCGCUGCUGCUAGCUUCAAGCACGUGUCCCCCGCUGGAGCUGCCAUCGGCGUUCCCCUUAAUGAGAAGGAGCGCAAGGUGUACAUGGUGGACGACAUCAAGGGCAUUGAGUCAUCCGGUCUGGCCCAGGCCUAUGCCCGUGCCCGUGGUGCCGAUCGUAUGUCUAGCUUCGGCGAUAUCCUCGCUCUGAGCGACAUUGUCGACACUCCCACUGCCAAGAUCAUCUCUCGCGAGGUGUCUGAUGGUGUCAUUGCCGCUGGCUACGAGCCCGAGGCUCUGGCAAUCCUCUCCAAGAAGAAGGGCGGCAAGUACCUCGUCCUGCAGAUGGAUGAGAACUACAACCCUGCUCCCGAGGAGAGCCGCACCCUGUACGGUGUGCAGCUGACCCAGCACCGCAACGAUGUUGUCAUCUCGCCCAGCAAGACCUUCACCAACAUUAUCACCCCCAAGGGUCAAUCUGCUCUGCCCGAGGCCGCUCUCCGCGACCUGACCGUUGCCACAAUUGCUCUCAAAUACACCCAGUCCAACUCUGUCUGCUACGCCCUUAACGGCCAGGUCAUUGGCCUAGGCGCUGGCCAACAGAGUCGUAUUCACUGCACUCGUCUUGCUGGUGACAAGGCCGAUAACUGGUGGAUGCGCUUCCAUGAGCGUACCAUCGGCAUCAAGUGGAAGCAGGGUACCAAGCGUGCUGACAAGAGCAAUGCCAUUGACCUGCUCUGCUCAGGCCAGACUCCUCGCAACGAGGCCGAGAAGGUCGAGUACGAGCGUGUCUUUGAAGAGGUCCCUGCUCCUUUCACUGCUGAGGAGCGUGAGGCCUGGCUGUCCAAGUUGGGCGAGGUCGCCAUCUCAUCUGAUGCUUUCUUCCCCUUCAUUGACAACGUCUUCCGCGCCGCUCGCUCUGGAGUCAAGUAUAUCGCUGCACCCAGCGGUAGCCAGAACGAUGUCCCUGUCUUCGAGACUGCUGAGAAGUUGGGAAUCACCUUUGUUGAACAAUCAACUCGUCUAUUCCACCACUAG